UGCCAUUCACCCAGAGUAAUAUCAGUGUUUGGGCACCUAUCCUGCACCCAGAAAGCUCCCAAUGACUGUGAUGAAUGAGUUUUUGUCUCCUGAGGCCUUUCUUCCCACCUGAAGCACAGUGGGGACCUUCUACCCUACCACCGCACCACCCAGUGCGACGCAGAGAACCUGAUGCCACCUCUCCGGAUUGUCCCAAGCCGUUUACUUUCCCAGCUGCAUUGUGGAUUGAAACCUCCAGCCUCUAUACAAACCAAGAUUUGCCUAACAAUGGCUCGUCCAAGUUCAAGUAUGGCUGACUUCCGGAAGUGUUUUGCAAAAGCCAAGCACAUAGUCAUCAUUUCAGGGGCUGGCGUCAGUGCUGAGAGUGGGGUACCAACUUUCAGAGGAGCGGGAGGUUAUUGGAGAAGAUGGAAGGCUCAGGACCUGGCCACCCCUCAGGCCUUUGCCCGAAACCCAUCCCAGGUGUGGGAGUUCUACCACUACCGGCGGGAGGUGGUGCAGAGCAAGGAGCCCAACGCCGGUCAUCUGGCCAUCGCUGAGUGUGAGGCCCGGCUGGGCAGGCAGGGCCGACGGGUCACGGUCAUCACGCAGAACAUCGACGAGCUGCACCGCAAGGCUGGCACCAAGAACCUUCUGGAAAUCCAUGGUUAUGCGGUCCAGGAGGGCAGAUGUUCUGGCUUGUUCAGUAGUACUGCAUGCCUUUAUUAUGUUCCCUGCGAUGCCUGGGGUAGCUUAUUUAAAACUCGAUGUACCUCUUGUGGAGUUGUGGCUGAGAAUUACAAGAGUCCAAUUUGUCCAGCUUUAUCAGGAAAAGGGGCUCCAGAACCUGAAACUCAAGAUGCCAGAAUCCCAGUGGAGGAACUUCCCCGGUGUGAAGAGGCAGCAUGCGGGGGCCUGCUGCGACCUCACGUGGUGUGGUUUGGAGAAAACCUGGACCCUGCCAUCCUGGAGGAGGCUGGCAGGGAGCUGGCCCUCUGUGACUUGUGUCUCGUGGUGGGAACUUCCUCCGUGGUCUACCCCGCCGCCAUGUUUGCCCCCGAGGUGUCUGCCCGGGGGGUACCGGUGGCCGAAUUUAACAUAGAAGCCACCGUUGCAGCGAACAGAUUCAGGUUUCAUUUCCAGGGGCCAUGUGGGACGACGCUUCCUGAAGCCCUUGCGCCUCAUGAAACUGAAACUGUUUCUUAAUUGCCCUGAGGAAGGAAGAAAUCACAGUGCAUCUAUAAGUACCAGGCCACCAACAGGAGAAACAGUCUUGUGGAUGGUGAGCUGAAUACUGAAAGGUCUGAAUGUAUCUUCUGGAAUCCAAACUGCUGAUAAGUGAUGGGACUUAGAGGAAAUAGUAGUAAACGUGUUUAGAAGGAGAAGUCACAGAACUUCUCAAGUCAAUUCACGUUAUCUGGUUUGAACUAAACAUAAGAUACCUCUGAUGUGUUUGGUUGGUUACCGGGAGGGAAACAACUUUGUAAUUAGAUUGUCUAAAAAAAGUAAUUUUUUUUUUUUGGUAUUUGGGUAGAGGGGUAAAACCCUGGUAUUUCUGAUUUUUGUGCAAGGUUUGGUGGAAAAUAAAAUCCCUUUCUACAGCAGGUAAUUGACUGUAUAAAGGUGUUACCCCAAGA